CAGCACGUGCGAACGCUAGGGCUAGGUCUCCGGAAUAGAUGGUGGCCGCUUCGUGCGCGUGUUGGCGGUCGAGAGGCUCGCCGGUGGGCUGUAGAGUUGUGACCUCAUGGCGGAGAUAAUUCAGGAACGCAUAGAAGAUCGACUCCCCGAAUUGGAACAGCUGGAGCGUAUUGGAUUGUUCAGUCAUGCGGAGAUUAAGGCUAUCAUUAAGAAGGCUUCAGAUCUGGAAUACAAAAUACAGCGAAGAGCUCUUUUUAAGGAAGACUUCAUCAAUUAUGUUCAAUAUGAAAUUAAUCUUUUGGAGUUGAUUCAGAGAAGAAGAACUCGCAUCGGGUAUUCAUUUAAGAAGGAUGAGAUUGAGAAUUCUAUUGUACACCGGGUACAAGGUGUCUUCCGGCGUGCUUCAGCAAAAUGGAAAGAUGAUGUUCAACUUUGGCUAUCCUAUAUAGUCUUUUGUAAGAAAUGGGCCACCAAAGCUCAACUUAGCAAGGUAUUUUCUGCCAUGUUGGCCAUUCAUUCAAACAAGCCAGCUUUGUGGAUUAUGGCAGCCAAAUGGGAAAUGGAAGAUCGCUUAUCUUCAGAAAGUGCAAGACAACUAUUUCUUCGAGCUCUGCGCUUUCAUCCAGAGUGCCCAAAACUUUAUCAAGAAUACUUUAGGAUGGAGCUGAUGCAUACUGAGAAACUGAGGAAGGAAAAGGAAGAAUUUGAAAAAGCCAAAAUGGAUGUGGGGAAUCUUGAUUAUCCUGAAGAAAUCCUUAAGGGCGAGUUGGCACGGAUUAUCUACAAAAAUUCUGUGAACAUAAUUAAAGGUGCAGAAUUUCACGUGUCACUGCUUACAAUUGCACAGCUAUUUGACUUUGCCAAAGAUCUGCAAAGAGAAAUUUAUGAUGACCUUCAGGCUCUACACACAGAUGACCCUCUCACUUGGGAUUAUGUGGCACGGCGAGAAUUAGAGAUAGAGUCACAGCCAGGAGGAGAGCAGCCUGCGACAAAACAAGCCAGAGCAGUGGAGGUGGGCCGGAAGGAGGAGAGGUGCUGUGCUGUGUAUGAAGAGGCGGUGAAGACUCUCCCUACAGAGGCCAUGUGGAAGUGUUACAUCACGUUCUGCUUGGAAAGAUUCACCAAGAAGACAAGCAGUCAGUUCCUCAGAGAGAAGAGGCUGGAAAGAACCAUGAUGGCGUUCAGGAAGGCACAUGAACUCAGACUUCUACCGGAAUUUCAGUACAAGCAGUGGAUUGAGUUGUUGCUGCAUCACAACUUCUUGAAGGAAGCUUUGGAGGUGGCAGUAGCCGGGACUGAAUCGUUCAGAGACUCUGUAACGAUGUGGCAGAUGAAGCUGCAGGUGCUGAUUGACUCCGAGAGCCCCGAUGUAGCUGUGCUUUUUGAAGAAGCUUUUGCACACCUGAAAGCCCAGAUUUGUCUACCAUUGUGGAUUUCUUGGGCAGAGUGGAGCGAAGGUGCCAAAAGCCAAGAAGACACUGAAGCCAUUUUUAAGAAAGCUCUCUCAGCUGUCAAAGGUGCCGACUCCGUCACUCUGAAGGAUAAGUACCUGGACUGGGCUUACCGAAGCGGUGGCUACAAAAAGGCCAGAGCUGUGUUUAAAAGUUUGCAGGAAAGCCGUCCAUUUUCAGUUGAUUUUUUCAGGAAAAUAAUCCAGUUUGAAAAGGAGCAAGAAUCCUGCAAGAUGGUGAACUUAAGAGAAUAUUAUGAGAGGGCUUUGAGAGAGUUCGGAUCUGUAGAUUCUGAUCUUUGGAUGGAUUACAUCAAAGAAGAACUGAACCACCCCCUUGGUAGACCUGAGAACUGCGGGCAGAUAUAUUGGCGAGCCAUGAAAAUGUUGCAGGGAGAGUCAGCAGAAGCAUUUGUAGCUAAACACGCUAUGCAUCAAGCCGGCCAUUUGUGACAAGAGGAAGAACGUAGCCCCCUUUGGGAAAUAGCAUUGUAAGCCCUCUUGGCCAGAUUUGUAUUAGGAGUUCAUCUGCAGUUUGUUGAGAGAUAGCAGACAAGAUGGCUGUCUGAUUUUGGGACAUGCUUUUUUAGUUUUGUUAGCGUGUUAAUUUUUAAUUCCAGAAAAGAGAAUUGCUGUUUAGUGGCAAGAAGCUACUUGUUAAGGUCUGACCUACUACUGUACGGUCCUAAAUGCUUCUCAAAAUAUAUGGAAAUCAUACAACUGAGUUUUUCUUGUUACCCUUGGUCAAGAAUGAGUAGCUCUAAACUGUACCUAGGGGCCAGUAAUAAUGGAGGAGAAAGUACAGUUCCAUUUGUUUGUUCUCUUCUUAUUAAAAAAGUAUAUAUGGGGCCCCUGGGCGGCUCAGUUGGUUAAGCGUCCGGCUUCGGCUCAGGUCAUGAUCUCAGGGUUUGGGAGUUCGAGCCCCGCAUUGGGCUCUGUGCUAACAGGGUGGAGCCUGCUUGGGAUGCUCUUUCUCUCUCUCUCUGCCCCUCCCCUGAGAGCAUGUGUACACCUUCUCUCUCAAAAAAUAAACAUUAAAAAAAAUAUUUUAAAAAAAGUAUACAUGGUGUACAUUUGUUGUAGGAAAUAUAGAGGGAGCAGAGUAAUGUGGAGAAGAAAUUAAAGCAUCCUAUAACCUCAUCAUCUGGAGUUAAACUCUGAUUUCCUUUAUGACAUUGGAUUUAUACUGUUAGAUUACUUAUUCAUUCACUCAUUAAGUGUCCACUAUUAGCAGAAAAGAAGGGAAGCUUUUGGGAUGGAGGUAGGGUUUGGCGGGACAGCUGGACAUCCUGAGAGAGCUUGUUGAAGCAGCAGAAGAGGAUGCUGGGUAUUGGGAAAAGUCCUUUGAGAGGAUAAAGACUUUACAAAAGUGUCUUCUGUCUGGGACUAAUCUUCAGAGAAGUGUCUACGGUGGGGAGGUCCAGCAACAAAAGGAGGACGUGGGUAGGGUGUAGAUGAGAGCAGUAGAGAAGGCCUUCAGAAGCCAGAGUGGAGGAUGGCUUGGAGCAGAGAGGGCAUUCUGGGAGUAGGGUAGGCUACUGUUUGAACUUUACAUCCUUUAACUUAACACUGUGGUCACUGGGAGAAGCAUUCAGGUCACCGAGAGAAGUGUAGUUUUCCUUAGCAGUAUGUUUCACUUAUGUUAUUUUUCUAUGUCAUUAAAUAGCCUUAAAAACAUGUAAUGAAUUUAUAACAUUCCAUUGUAUGGAUGAGCCAUGACUUAUUUUACUAAUGCCUUGUGUGGUUGGAUCUUGUAUAUCUGAUUUUUUUCUUAUAAAUACUGUUGAUGAUUCUUAUAAAUCUUUGUUCACAUCGCUGGUUAUUUCUUUAGGAGUGUGAUAUUUGCUGGUAGAAUUACUGGAUUAAAGGGUGUAACUUUUAAAGAUACUGAUAUGUACUGCCAGUUUGCAAUGUAUGAGAAUACUUUCAUGCAAUGUAGGAAAAGGUCAAUACUUUACCUUCGGUGGGUAUUAAUGAAGUUUAAUGUGUUUUUCUUGGUUCUCUUGUUUUUUCACGACUAUUUUUUGAACUUUUUUCUUACUAAUUUAAAAGAAUUUUUAAAAUAUUAAGAAUAUUAAUUUUUAGUUUGUCUCUCCUUUGUUGCAAAUAAUUUGCCCCUAGCUUUUUUUUUUUUUUUUUUGUGGUGUUUUUUGAUGCCCAGAAGAUGUGUGUGUAUGAUACCUAUUCCUCUUGCCUUAGACAACUCAUUUUCUUCCCCCCAACCACUUAACUAAAUUUUCUACAACACCAUUUGUGGCUAGCCCUUUAUCUCUACUGAUUGUGGUACUACUUUUAUUAUAUGUUGAGUUCCUAAUGAUAUGAGAGUCUAUUUUAGGGCAUUUUUACUUUGAGAUUUUGUACUCUAAAUGUUGUUUGCUUGUCAUUUGUUGUAUGAUAACAUACGUAUGUAAAUAAGAACAGUUUCCUCUUUGACCUUUUCA